AUGGAAAGUCGCGCUGCUCGCUUCCGACCCUCCGACCCUCAAUCUAGCGCCGGCACGCUGGCACCCGCGGCGGUUUCAAAGCUACCAGAAUUGGCCAACGUCGACGAUGUCCCCACCUGGCCCGCCCGGGAUGAGAAUCCAAAGGCGCUAGCGUACAACCUCAAGGUAGCGUUCGCUGCGAGGCAGGGUGACUGGGUCAAAGUCGAAGAGCUCCUCGACAACGCGGAUCUGCUUUCUUCGGCUCCGACCAAGCCGAACCGGGAUCAUCGAGGCACUCCCAAGCGUCGUUCAGGGAUGACACUGGACGCAAUCGGAUGGGGCAGCCUCCUCCGCCACGGGCUCGGCAAUGUGCAAAAGCUCGAUGUCGCCGGACUCUCGACCGCUGCUGGCGCAGACGCAUCAUCAGAAGAACCGAGGUCUCGAAGCCAUGACUUGACUGCAUCGACGCACCCAAACGACCAGUCUUCAGACGAUCCAGACGACAAGUUAAAGAAAGCGAAGGAGGAAGCGCAGCAAAUGCAGGCCAAGCUCUCAGUGACAAAGCGCUUAUUGCCAAAUCUCCUACGUUCUAUGAGCAGAUCAGCCAGCGUAGCUCGAUCGUCCAAUCUGGCAGGCGAUGAGAGCAAGGCCCCUGCGGAGGUAGCAGAGUCAUCGACGCCGAGCUGGCUUCUCCAGUCGGUCCUCGCGCAACUCGCAGAGCGAGGCGAAACGGCGUCCGCGAUUCGAAUCGUGCAGCUCGCUCUGUCAGAGGCGUCGCCCUCCCUCGGCAACAACGCAGCCGACCGUAGAACAGCUACUCACGUCCUCAAUCUAGCCCUCCAAGCGUGCGGACAUAACGGCAGAAUCAGGAUCGCGGAGACUCUGCGCAUCUUCAACAGCCUCACGUCGUCACAGCUCGGGCACGACAUCUCUGGAUCUACCGUCCUUAUCCAACCCAGAGUGCUAUCAGAUUUCAAGAAGCCCAGGGAAGAUGCGAAAAACGAGCUGACAUCUGUCAUCGUUCCGAACGAAGAGUCUCUCGUGCUGCUCCUCAAGAAGGUGUGCCACCCGCUCUUCCGUGCCUCGUGGACGCGUAGGUUGGUCGACGAUUUCGAGCGGCUCUUUCCCCAAGUCAGUGUGUCCGGAAGGACAUUUCGGAUGAUCUUGGCAAACUGUCUUGCUCCCGCUCCCGCUCCCGCUUUGGCAGGUGUGCCGGCCUCGAUGCCGGCUGUCCGGGAGCGCGUGGUCGCAAGCGGUCGCCGCGGACGUCGGCUGCGUCAGGCAGCAGCGACCAACAAUACCGCCUCUGCUUCACCUGAUGUCACCGUUGCAACCGCGAGGGAACCCAGGCUGAAAGUCUCGAUUCUGUCCCAGACCCUGGAGACCAUCCUCACACGCUUCGCCCACUUCACCGCCGCACACGACCCGUCUCGCCGUCUCCAUCUGUCAACCACCAACAGGCUUCGGUUCGAGCACACGCUGCUGCGCGCCAAGCGCAUGCUCCUCGUCAAGCGGGCGGCGCAUCAGGAAGCUCUCCGCUCCAUCGCCGCCGUGGGCAAGAGAAAGCGAAUGACGACGCAUCACACGCACGCAAUCACCCAGAUCAACAUCGCCCUCGACCGCAUCGCUGCAGUCCAGCGUCUCGGUCGAUGCGAAGAAGCGCACUGGAAGCGACACGCCCGCACAAGCACAGCCGAUCAAAGAUGA